UUCAAAUAUCUUGAGGAAACUUGUGAGUAUCUUUUAUUAGUAAAGGACCUAUUUAUUUUUGAUAACAUUGUAGUAAAUUAUUUUUUACUAAACAAUCGCUUUCUGCAUGCGAUUUUGUGGUACCUUCAACCAUGAGACUUUUCAGGAAUUCAUAUAAUGCUAAAUUAGAGGGCUCUAUAUGGAAAACGAUAUUAAAUUUCUUUAAUAGGAUUCCUGAAAAAGGGCAAACUAAAGAAAUUGAUUUAGCUAUUUCGCAACAUGUAGGCAGCCGUUUGUUCAGUAGCGAGGUUAAAAAGUGUACAAUUAUUCCUGGAGAUGGAAUAGGCCCUGAAAUUUCUGCAGCAGUGCAGAAAAUUUUUACAAUUGCAAAUGUUCCCAUCGAGUGGGAAUCUGUAGAUGUUACGCCAGUGAGGGGUCCUGAUGGCAUGUUUGGUAUUCCUCAAGCAGCUAUUGACUCUGUGAAUCGUAAUAAAGUAGGUCUAAAGGGUCCUUUAAUGACGCCAAUUGGUAAAGGGCACAGAUCUCUCAAUCUUGCUUUAAGAAAAGAAUUCAACCUAUAUGCCAAUGUACGACCAUGUAAAAGUUUAGAAGGUUUUAAAACCUUAUACGAUCAUGUAGAUGUGGUGACAAUUCGUGAAAACACAGAAGGUGAAUAUUCUGGUAUUGAACAUGAAAUUGUAGAUGGGGUUGUACAAAGUAUCAAACUCAUUACUGAAGAUGCAUCAAGAAGAGUUGCUGAAUUUGCCUUCCAAUAUGCCAAAAGUAAUAAUAGAAAAAAAGUUACAGCAGUGCACAAAGCAAACAUUAUGAGAAUGUCAGAUGGUCUGUUCUUAAGGUGUUGUAGAGAAAUGGCCAAAAAAUAUCCAGAAGUCAGGUUUGAAGAAAGAUAUCUAGAUACUGUAUGUUUAAAUAUGGUGCAAGAUCCAACUCAAUAUGAUGUUCUUGUAAUGCCUAAUUUAUAUGGUGAUAUUUUAUCUGAUAUGUGUGCUGGUCUUGUUGGAGGUUUGGGUCUCACACCAUCUGGUAACAUUGGAAUCAGUGGAGCCCUCUUUGAAUCUGUCCAUGGUACCGCUCCAGAUAUAGCUGGUCAAGACAAAGCCAACCCUACAGCCCUACUUCUUUCCUCUGUUAUGAUGUUGAGAUAUAUGGGUCUAAAUGAUCAUGCCACUAAAAUUGAGAAUGCAUGCUACAGUACAAUAAAGGAAGCCAAAUUCCUUACCGGUGAUUUAGGUGGCAAAGCAAAGUGUUCUGAAUUCACAAAUGAAAUUUGUGAAAAGAUAACAAAAUCCUAAAAACGUGCUAAGCUUGCAUGAAAGCAGUAACCCUCUAUAAUAGCAUAUUGUAUUUAUUCUAUUGAUUCUAAAUCGUUACUGUACAUAUUAAGUAUAAUAAAUUGUGCUAAUAACCAAAUUCAAAAAUAUUGGUUUUGUAAUUUAAGUUACAGAGGGUAUUAACUUGAAAAUGUACUCAGUAUUUUUACAAAUUAAAUUUCUUGUAAUUUUUAGGUCUCAUGUAUUUUUCAAAGAAGUUACCUAGAUUAUUUUUUAUUCACCCUAGAACUUUUUUUUUAAUUUAUUGUUACGUCCAUUGUUGUACUAUAUAUAUUUAUGUAUUUAUUUGUGACAAGUCACUAUAAUAUAAUUUAACACCC